GCAGCAUUUUGAGUUAUUGGGUAUAAUAGAGAGAUUUAUUUUUUUACAGUAUGCCCUCUGUAUCUGCACCAAUACCCCAUUUAUCUUCACAGAGGUCAGUUGCAUCUAUUAAUAUAGAAAAAAUAUUUCAAACCCCACCCCAAUUGUCUGAUCAUUGUUAUAUAUGUUUUAGAAUGAUGUGCCAUUAAUCCGCCAGUGGUGGUGCAUCCUACUGAUGGAAAGAUUUCAGAUUGAAGGACAUGGCCAGAGGUUUGCUUUCUGGACUGACAAGGCUAGCAGGCUAUUGCAAUGGACCCUUCAGCCACUUUUUAGGGUAUCUAGUUCAAUCACUUCAGACAUUCCACCUCAUGUGCAAACCAUGGUCAACCGCACAGCCCAAGAAAAGAAGCUGGUAGACUUUGCUGUACAAGACCAUGGAGUCCGGCAACAUUUGUUGGGUGUACUCUGUGGAAAAGAGCCUUCGAAGUGGCUCAGCAGAAUCCAGAAGGGAUCAUCUCUACGGGUGCCAGUGUACCUGGACUCGGAGGAAGAACAGGACUCCCUAUUUUUCUAUCUUCAGGAUGUCCUGAAAUCUGCACCAGUAGAAUUCCACAUUGAGGAUCAAGUGCAGUUCAUUUUGGAUGUUUUGUUCCCAGAGUGCAUCACCCAAGCCAUGUCUACACUACAGGGCUAUACAAGAGGCUGAAGAGUUGUUUCUUUCAGGUCCUAACUACAGCAGAAGGUAAAAACAGUUACCUGUGUUUGAAAUAUCUGUAUGAAUGUUUAUUUAUUGUGACUACCAUUUUAAUUGGGUGGGUGGUUGCGUGUUUGUGUCGGGGUACUUUGAGUUGGGGA